UCCCUCCUACCCCACCAGACCCCAGUCACAAAUUCCUGGCUUGCUUCUUCCAAACUUCACUCAGCCCCAGGGAUGGCUCUGCAGGAUAUGUGCAAGUGGCAGUCCCCUGACACCCAGGGACCAUCACCUCACCUGCCUCGGGCUGGUGGCUGGGCUGUGCCCCGGGGCUGUGACCCUCAAACCUUCCUGCAGAUCCAUGGCCCCAGAUUGGCCCAUGGCACUACCACCCUGGCCUUCCGCUUCCGUCAUGGAGUCAUUGCUGCAGCCGACACGCGUUCCUCCUGUGGCAGCUAUGUGGCGUGUCCAGCCUCAUGCAAGGUCAUCCCUGUGCACCAGCACCUCCUGGGUACCACCUCUGGCACCUCCGCCGACUGUGCUACCUGGUAUCGGGUGUUACAGCGGGAGCUGCGGCUUCGGGAACUGAGGGAGGGUCAGCUGCCCAGUGUGGCCAGUGCUGCCAAGCUCUUGUCAGCCAUGAUGUCUCGAUACCGGGGACUGGAUCUCUGUGUGGCCACUGCCCUGUGCGGCUGGGACCGCUCUGGCCCUAUGCUUUUCUACGUCUAUAGCGAUGGCACCCGCCUGCAGGCGGAUAUCUUCUCUGUGGGCUCUGGAUCUCCCUAUGCCUACGGCGUGCUAGACCGUGGCUAUCGCUACGACAUGAGCACCCAGGAAGCCUACGCCCUCGCUCGCUGCGCCGUGGCCCAUGCCACUCACCGUGAUGCCUAUUCAGGGGGCUCUGUAGACCUUUUCCACGUGCGGGAGAGUGGAUGGGAGCAUGUGUCACGCAGUGAUGCCUGUGUGCUGUACAUGGAGUUACAGAAGCUCCUGGAGCCAGAGCCAGAGGAGGAUGCCAGCCAUGCCCAUCCUGAGCCUGCCACUGCCCACAGAGCUGCAGAAGAUAGAGAGCUCUCUGUGGGGCCAGGGGAGAUGACACCAGGAGACUCCAGGAUGCCAGCAGGGACUGAGACAGUGUGAGAAGCAGGACUUGGUUGGGGGUGGUGUAGGCCUGGGGAGCAGGUGGGAGGAUGAGCAGUGGGGGAGGGUCCUGUUGGCAGCAGCCUCACAGCAUCUGACUCUAGCCUGUAUGGGUUGCUGGCUUCAUUUAUUGCAAGUCUCUGUCCUUUCAUGACUCCCAGAGCUAUUAUGGCUCUGCCCAACAAGUUCCUGCUGA